UUUCUUUAUUUUUAUUUUUAUUUUCUUACUUGGUUUACAAGUUCAUUAUUAUUCCAAAUUUUGAUUCUGGUUAGAUCCUUUAUUCUUCAUUGAGAAGCUCUCUCUCUCUCUCUCUCUCUCUCUCUCUCUCUCUCUCCGGAUCCCUCUAUGCUGCUUUCACAAAACGCCAUUUCCUUAUAUAUUCUUUCUCCUUCAUCUUCUUAAAACCAACACCACCUUGGCUUCCGUGAAUUUCACUGAGAAAAUGCAGCGUUUGAAGAUGGGGUUCCCUAACUACAUCCAAGCAUUGGAAGAAGAACGCCGUAAGAUUCAGGUGUUCCCCAAAGAGCUUCCUCUUUCCCUCGAGCUGGUCACACAAGCCAUUGAAGCCUGUAGACAGCACUUGUCUGGUACUAUAAAUGAUUAUAAUUCGAAUGGGCAAUCGGAGUGUUCAGUGCAGACAACAUCAACGGAAGGUCCUGUGUUGGAGGAGUUUAUCCCAAUCAAGAAGAGAGCAUCAUCCCCUUAUUGUGAUGAGGAUGAGCAACAUUCUCAUAAGCACAAGGUUUCAAAGGACAAUAAGAACAAUGAUAAGAGGAAAUCAGAUUGGCUUAAAUCUGUGCAGUUAUGGAAUCCAGAUCCCCCAGCUGAGGAUGAUGUGAGUAGGAACGUGCCUGUGGUGGAAUUGAAGAGAAGUGGAAGUGGAGGUGGUGCUUUCCAGCCAUUCCACAAAGAAGAAAAAGCUUGCAAGACAAGUGAACCAUUAAGUAAAGCACCCUCUUCAACUGCGGCGCCAGUCACCGGGGACAAUGCUGGAAAAGGAGAGGAGAAAGAGGGACAGAGAAAGCAGCGCCGGUGCUGGUCACACGAGUUGCAUAAGCGCUUCUUGCAUGCUCUUCAGCAGCUUGGAGGUCCAGAUUCUGCUACACCAAAGCAAAUCAGAGAGCUGAUGAAGGUUGAUGGCCUCACAAAUGAUGAAGUCAAAAGCCAUUUACAGAAAUACCGUUUACACACUAGAAGACCAAGUCCUGUAGUUCACAACAGUGCCAAUCCACAGACAACAACACCCUUUGUCCUUGUGGGGAACAUUUUUGUUCAACCACAGGAAUAUACAGCGGUAGCUACCUCAACAGCAUCAGGGGAACUAACCACAGUUGCAGCACCUUCCGGAAUUUAUGCGCCAGUGGCCACCCAUCCUCCGGCUGUUUCACGCACACCACCACCUGCUUCAAUUAAGAAGGCACAGUAUAAGAAAGUAGAGCUGUUUGAGCAUUCAAAUUCUGAAGAAAAGGGUAAUCACAGUGAAGGGGCUGUUCAUUCAAACUCCCCUGCCUCAUCAACCUCCACACAUACCACCACUACUUCCCCUGGCUAUCGAGUUUGAAGAUGUUGUACAAGUUUUGUAACCAAGUUUCUGUAUAGUCCUGUGAUAUUUUCUUCUGGCUUUUUUUUUUUUUAAAAUGUUAUUUCCUCUUGUUAUAUGGGAUUUAAAUUAUAGAGGUAAAAUAUACAGAAAGUGACAAUUUUGAUGUUAAAUAAGUCACACCCUUUCUUUUAGGUGUUUAACACUUACCAUGUUAAAGUGACAA